CCUCCGCAGACCCCCAGCCCCGCCGCCGACAGCUUCCUCCACUACCGCACCAGCAGGGUGCGCGCGCUGAGGGCAGCGCGGCUGGAGCGGCUGGUGGCCGAGCUGGGGUCUGGAGAUCCCCAGCAGGACCCCAGCUUCGUGCCCACCUUCCUGGCCACCCACCGUGCCUUCGUCCCCACCGCCCGAGUGCUGGGCUUUCUUCUGCCUCCCACGCCGCCGCCCCCACCUCCUGGGGUGGAGGUCAAGAAGGCAGAAGGACAGGAGAGGAGCUUCAACAAGAACCUGAGGGCUGUGGUGUCUGUGCUGGGCUCCUGGCUGCGGGACCACCCUCAGGACUUCCGAGACCCCCCUGCUCACUCGGACCUGGGCAGUGUCCGAGCCUUUCUGGACUGGGCAGCCCCAGGGGGGACGGAGGCCCAAGAAGCAGAGAAGCUUCUGGAAGACUUUCUGGAAGAGCCUGAGCCAGAGCAGGAAGAGGAGCAGUCCCAGGCGUGGGCAGGAACUCCCAGAACCGCCCAGCCUCCUAGGCCGGAUUCCCCGGAGGGCUGCUUGGAGGAGGAGGAAGGGUCCAUGCAGGAAGGUCCUGAGCUCCUGGACUUCAGCGUAGAUGAGGUAGCCGAGCAGCUGACCCUUAUGGACAUGGAGCUCUUCCUGCGUGUGCGGCCCUGUGAGUGCCUGGGCUCUGUGUGGUCCCAGAGGGACCGGCCAGGGGCCACUGGCUCCUCCCCCACCGUGCGUGCCACCGUGGCCCAGUUCAACACAGUCACGGGCUGUGUGCUGGGCUCGGUGCUAGGGACGCCAGGCCUGGCUGGCCCGCAGCGGGCUCAGAGGCUGGAGAAGUGGAUUCGCAUCGCCCAGCGCUGCCGAGAACUGCGAAACUUCUCUUCUUUGCGCGCCAUCCUGUCCGCCCUGCAGUCUAACCCCAUCUACCGGCUCAAGCGCAGCUGGGGGGCUGUGAGCCGGGAACUACUGUCCACUUUCCGGAAACUUUCACAGAUUUUUUCUGAUGAGAACAAUCACCUCAGCAGCAGAGAGAUUCUUUCCCAGGAAGAAGUCACUGAGGGACCCCCAAAGGAGGACAUGCCCCCGGGAAUCCUGCCUCCAAAACCGCCCCCAGGCCCUGUCCCCUACCUUGGCACCUUUCUCACGGACCUGGUUAUGCUGGACACAGCCCUGCCGGACAUAUUGGAGGGAGAUCUCAUUAACUUUGAGAAGAGGAGGAAGGAGUGGGAGAUUCUGGCCCGCAUCCAGCAGCUGCAGAGGCGCUGUCGGGGCUACAGCCUGAGCCCCCGCCCCGACAUCCUGGCCACCCUUCGAGCCCAGCGCCAGCUCAGCGAGGAGCAGAGCUACCGAGUGUCCCGUGUCAUCGAGCCACCAGCGGCUUCCUGCCCUAGCUCCCCACGCGUGCGGCGGCGAAUCAGCCUCACCAAGCGCCUCAGUGCGAAGCUCUCCCGAGAGAGAGGCUCGCGCCCUGGAGGGAGUCCCGGGGACCCCUCAUCACCUGCCUCCAGUGUGUCCCCAGGGUCCCCACCGUCGAGUCCGAGAACCAAGGACCCUCCUGGCAGUCCCCCAGCCUCUCCAGGGCCCCAGAGCCCCAGCACCAAGCUGCCCCUGAGCCCAGACCUGCCUGGCCCCCGGCCCUUGGCCUUGGGCCUGAGUGACCCUCGCACCCCCGUCCUGGGGCAGCAGAGCUCGGAGGCUCGCGUGAUCCGUGUCAGCAUCAACAACGACCACGGGAACCUGUAUCGGAGCAUCCUGCUCACAAGUCAGGACAAAGCCCCCAGCGUGGUGCUGCGAGCCUUGCAGAAGCACAAUGUGCCCCAGCCCUGGGCAGGGGACUACCAGCUCUUCCAAGUCCUCCCUGGGGACAGGGAGCUCCUGAUUCCUGACAACGCCAACGUCUUCUACGCAAUGAGUCCGGCCGCCCCUGGAGACUUCAUGCUACGGCGGAAG